AUGGCCACGGCCACCGAAGGAAAUGCUCUCGGCUACAAUCUUCAAGUCGACUAUGUCGUCCAAUAUAGCUUCGGCGAUAUAGAUCAACCCCAGGCGAUUGAAAACCUGGAGAAGCUACUGCGAGCCUUGAAUGAUGUGGGUCUGCAAACCGAAGUACGACAAGGCGAUGAAACCUCCUUGCUCGUCUUUGUGCGGGCUUCCAAGAGCCAGCUGAAGCAGGCGGUGUAUCGAUCACGAGUUCGCGACUGGCUGUAUGGAAUUCGAAACACUGAGCCAGAACCCGCCGAUUCCAUCGACCCCCAAGCCGAAACCGAGGCCGAACGCUUGCGAGUGAUUAACCACCUUAUAACUCUCCCCACUCAUGAAGGUGGUGCGGGGAUUACACCUCAGCAUGGAGAGUGGAAGAAUGUCACGGCAGUAUUCCCUCUCCAUGAUGAGGAGACUAAUAAACGGUGGAUGCGUGAAUGGAGCCAGAAAACCUUCCUCUCAGAGGAUGAUUUGGACCAGAUCAGAAAUAAGUUCGGAGAAUCCGUCGGCUUCUAUUUCGCCUUCCUGCAGUCCUACUUUCGAUUCCUUAUCUUCCCAGCGGUAUUCGGAUUUGGCUGCUGGUUCCUCCUAGGAGGCUACUCAAUUAUUUAUACGGUUGUGAAUUCCCUAUGGUGCAUUAUCUUUGUCGAAUACUGGAAGCGACAAGAAGUUGAUCUGGGCUGCCGUUGGCAAACCAAAGGCGUCUCGGCUGUACAGACAAAGCGACGAGAGUUCAAACCCGAGAAGGAGGUCCAGGAUGAGAGCACUGGGGAAGUACGAGGAGUCUUCCCAACGACCAAGCGCAUGCAGAGACAGCUUUUGCAGAUCCCCUUUGCGUUGCUGGCUGCGACUGCUCUGGGUGUGAUCAUAGCUACCUGCUUCGCGAUCGAGAUCUUUAUCUCGGAGCUGUACAAUGGACCCCUCAAGACAUACCUGGUUUUCAUUCCCACGAUUCUUGUAUCCGCGUUGGUCCCAACGAUGAGUGCUGUUCUAGUCUCGAUUGCGACCAAGCUGAAUGACUAUGAGAACCACGAGACUAGCGAUGGAUAUGAUGUCGCUCUGACUCAGAAGGUCUUCGUCAUUAAUUUCAUGACUUCCUAUCUUCCAGUUCUUCUUACAGCCUUUGUCUACGUCCCCUUCGCCAGUUGGAUUGUUCCUUAUUUGGACGUAUUCCGCCUGACCGUCCGGCCUUUUGUGUCCAAGGAACACUCCAUUGCCAAGCGGUCGAAUUUCCAAAUCGACCCAGCACGACUACAGAACCAAGUGAUCUACUUCACUGUGACUGCUCAGAUUGUUGGUUUUGCGAUGGAGACAAUCGUUCCAUACAUCAAACAGCAUGCUUUCCGUAAAUACAAAGCUUUCAAUAAGAAGCGCAAUGGCCGGUCGGAGCGUAACGGCGACAAUGACUCACCGGAGAGACAGCCCACUAUUCUUUUCGAUGACCCAGCUGAAGAGGCACAGUUCCUCACGCGGGUCCGCAAUGAGAUGGAGCUUUCGGAAUACGAGGUGACCGAAGACCUGCGAGAAAUGUGCAUCCAGUUUGGAUACUUGGCGCUCUUCUCUCCAGUAUGGCCAUUAGUCCCAGUCUCUUUCUUUGCCAAUAAUUGGAUUGAACUUCGUUCGGAUUUCUUCAAAAUCUGCAACGAAUUCCGACGACCUACACCACUCCGCUCUGAUACCAUUGGCCCCUGGCUUGAUACCCUGGGAUUCCUGUCAUGGACCGGCAGUAUCACCAGUGCCGCGCUGGUUCACAUGUUCAGUGGGAAUCCCCAGCAGGGACCGAAUGGUGAACCCACAGAUAUCAAAGGCUGGGCCUUGCUAUUAUCGAUUUUCCUAUCAGAGCAUCUGUACUUGGCUGUGAAGUACGUUGUGCAGAUUGCUAUGGGCAAGCUAGAGCCUCCUAAUGCGCGUAAGGAACGGGCGGAGCGAUAUCUCCUGCGUAAGCGCUAUCUCGAAUCCACUCUUACCGUACCAAGCGAAGCCGAUUCGGCCGAGGACGAUCCUUCUGGCCCACCGGGCCUGUCGCGUGUUUCGCUCGAGAAUGAAGUCCGUCGGUCAUCUAUGCAAGAUACCGACCCGGCGGAGCGGUUUUGGAUGCGUCAGCGAGGCUGGUCGGAGUCCGCCAAGGUUGGUGCAGGGAUUAUUCAGGCUCAGCCCAUACCGAGAAACACGAAGAAGCAGCAGUAG